AUGGUCUUCUCGUCACCGCACGGCAUCAUUCCUAUCCCCAAGGGCAAGAGUGCUUGGGACUGGGUCGAGGACCAUGCUGUCAAUAUCCCAAACAAACCGGCCUAUAUCUGUGCCAUCACCAACCGAAGACUAACGUUCGCGGACGUUCAUGAUCACGCUCGGAAGAUUUGUGCUGCGUUGGCUGCCGCGGGCAUCAAGAAGGGAGAUGUUGUGACACUUCACUCGUUUAACUGCGUGGAAUACCCGGUUAUCUUUCUAGCGCUCACGCGUCUCGGUGCCGUGUGCGCCACAGCGUCGCCUAUGUUUAACGAAGACGAGCUCGCUGAUCAAGUAAAGCACUCAGAGUCCGUUGCGCUCAUCACGAACGCCAAGUUGGUGGACAUAGCUGUCAAAGCUGCGACGACCAGCGAAAUCGAAAUGAACCGAGUCUACACUAUUGGACACGCCGAUACCUCCGUCAAGCUGAUGUCGAUUGAGGACAUGUUGGCGAUGGAUAUUCCGUUCCCGAACUUGCCGCCAGUGGAUCCGGAAGACAUCGUCGCCAUGCCUUUCUCUAGUGGUACCACCGCUCGACCAAAAGGUGUACUUCUGACUGGACGUGCACUAGUCGCUGGUGCUAUCAUGUCCAGUCAUUCGGAGCAAGACAUGGAGUACACGGUGACGGUGCUACCGUUCUUCCACAUCAUGACCAUGUUGUUGUUCCACAUGGCGUAUAAAAUUGGCUGGGGAACGAUCGUUCUACCAAAAUUUAUGCCGGAUGAAUACCUCGGUGCCAUCGUCAAGUACAAAGUGUGGAACGUGUUUGUGGCGCCGCCCAUCGUCCAAUUCUUCGCCAAACACCCGAUUGUGGACAAAUAUGACCUGUCCUGUCUCAAAUACAUCGGCGCAGGUGGAGCUCCUAUGGGGACGGAGGUAGAGGAGGCUGUCUUUAAACGUAUUGGUGCCAAGGGGUACUACAAGAACCCGGAAGAGACGGAGAAGUCGAUCACGGAAGAUCGCUUCGUCCACACUGGUGACGUUGGCUACAUCGACAACGAUGGCUUCAUCUUCAUCGUUGACCGUGUGAAGGAGAUGAUCAAGUACAAGGGUCACCAAGUGGCACCUGCUGAACUGGAGGAUGUGCUACACGGUCAUCCAGCAGUCGUUGACUCCUGCUGCGUGCGUGGCAGAGACGAGGCGUCUGGUGAGGAGAUCCCGAAGGCGUUUGUGGUGCUACGGGAAGGAGCCUCUAGCACAGCUGAAGAGAUUAUGGGGUUUGUGGGCGAGAAGGUGGCUCCGUACAAACGUGUUCGCCAAAUUGAGUUCCUGGAUGCGAUCCCCAAGACGAUGUCGGGUAAGAUUUUGCGCCGUCAAUUGCAACUUCGCGAGAACAACAGGAUGAAAGCCGCAACGGCAUCUUGA